AAUAAUAAAAAGGGAAAAUAUAGAAAUAAUACUACAAAAUUACAAUACGAAUCAAAUAAUCAAGAAACAGAGACAAAUAUUAUACAUAGUUUCAAAAAAUUGAAUAUUAAUGAUAUAAAAAAAUCAACGAGUCAAUAUCAAUUAAAUAUUCAUAAAAAAUCAGAAAUUUUAUUAAAAUCUGACAAUUCUUUAAGUCACGCUAAUAGUGAAUAUACAAAUAAUAUUAAUCAAUCAAAGUUUAUGGAUAAUUCAAAUUUAUUUACACAAAAACAAUUAGACUUCAGUUCUGGCGAUGUUAAACAUUUAAAUGAUGUUGCGUGUUCAUCGAAUAAUUGUAUUGAAAAUCAAUCUGAAAUUUUAUCAUCAAAAAGAAAAUCAGUUCAAUGGAAUCGUGAAGUCGAUGUUGUUUAUUAUGCAGGCGAUCUUAAUGGAGGAAAAAUAGUCAAACGUGAAAGAGAACCAUUGAGAGAAGAAGCUGAUCAACAAGCAAGACAUAAAAAAUUUAUUGACUUAAUUCUUGAAAAAAGUCUUUUAACAAAAGGAUUUCACUUUUCAUAUACUUAACAAACAUUUUUUUUUUCUUCCAAAUGAAAUUGAGCCUUCCAAUUCUAUAGCUCGAAAACGCACGAAGCUGAAGUACGUAACGUUUAUGAUAAACGAUUUUUAAAGAAAUAAUUUUUUAAAAUGGAAA